AUGAAUGCUGUGUCGACCAGCCGCUUCUCGCUCAAAAGAUUAGCCAGCCAUGCUAGAUCCUCCAUCUGUCGCUACAUGAACAGACUCGCAAGGCGCCACUUCUUUGAACCACACGCACAGCUGAGCGUAAAGAGCAGCAAGCACCCUAUGCCCAUUGAACCUACCAUCCCCUCCAGUGAGUCUCCUCCUAGCCUGCCUGAGGUAGAAGGUGAUUCUGGUAGUGAUUCUAGCGACUUUUUGGAAACACUCACCAGGCUUUUCGACUUCACCCUUGUCAAAAUGAAAAACGAAAAGAGAUAUGUGAACAUGGACAACCUUGGACCCUCUGCCAAUAGUUUUGAUGACAAUGAUCUUGUUGAGGAUACCCUUGUGCCCUUGAUGCACACUGCUAAGCCAUGCAUCACAGCCAUCAUAGACAUACCUGAGUCCAUGCUGGCAUUGCAGCCAGACGACGAGAAAGACCGUUGCAAUGAUGACGCGUAUGAACUAGAUAAGGACGACUUGGUGAAUAAGCAGCAUAUCUUGGGCUGGUACAAGGGUGUCAAGGACAGGUGCCUCUUGAGACGUGCUAUCGAGUCCAUGGAUGACCUCUACCAGGCCAUGAUGAAAGACUAUUCGGACUGCUUUGAAAAAGUAUCAAAAGCAACGGGUGUUGAUUUAGGCGAGUUUUAUUUUACAGAGGAUGCCAAGGCGAUUUGUGCGCGCUUCUACGAGCUGACCGAUGACUUUAAAGCGAGGCGUCGUGUGCACUGCUUUUAA